AUGUCAAUCUCGCAAAGGCCGAAAGAGCCACUGAGAGAAUACCUUACCCGAUUUAACAAUGAAUCCAUCACCAUUCCAGACUUACAGCAAGAAAUAGCAGUUUUGGCUCUAUUAAGAGGAAUGCAGGAAUGCGAGUUCAAAAGAUACCUGGGAAGGAAAUCAUUCACCUCGCUGGGGGAGGCCCUGAGAAAAGAAAAUGAGUACAUCAGAAGUGAUGAGCUGAUGCUGAUAUCACCCAUGGUAGGAAGUCAGGCAGUACAAUCGGCUAGGAAGGACCAUGUUCCCACACAACAACAUAACUACCGAAAAGAUAACAAUAGAAAGGAGGGUCAUCAGCAGAGAGGAGGAUAUCAGAACAGACAGCCGGUAGGGGCUUAUCAGGUGUACUCUCCACUCAACACCGCUAGAGCCACUAUCUACGCAGUAAACAAAUCAGCAGCAUGGAGAAAGCCGUUACCACUGGAUGAUCCAGGUAACAAUAAGAAUUUUUGUGCUUUCCAUAAUGAUCAUGGUCAUUACACAGAACACUGUAAAGAGUUAAAAGAUAACAUCGAAGAGUUGCGCGCAGGUAGGAUUGAACAAGCACCACCACCCCGACAAGAAAUCCGGUCAUUACCGGAAACGAGUAAAGAGGGGGCUGACAGAGGAAAAAGACCCACUAUUUGGUUGAUCUCAGGAGGGCCCGUGCAUGAAGGUACAGUUAGUGGGGCAGUAAAAAAUCUAGAGGAACAUCGGCACCUGGUGAGCUACUAUAGCGCAAGGAAAUGGCCGGAACCACCCCCCUUACCGGUCAUCACGUUCACUUCGGAGGAUUAUCGCGACAUCAUAUACCCCCAUGAUGACCCGUUGGUGCUGGAGCUCGAUAUAGCGAACUUUCCCGUCAGGAGAUGUCUGAUUGAUGGAGGCAGUUCUGCGAACAUCAUAUUCUGGGAGGCUUUCACCCAGUUGAACAUAGACCAUGGAGAAUUAUCAAGGGUAAACUAUCCCGUUAUCGGAUUCUCUAGAGCCAGCGUCUACCCCGAUGGCAGUAUCCGUUUACCGGUUCAAGUGGGUAGAGGAGUAUCAGCCAGGGACUUGAUGGUCGAUUUUUUGGUAAUUAAGGUACCAGCGGCAUACAACGUGAUAAUUGGUCGACCAUUUAUCCAUGACGCGUAG